AUGUCGAAUUUAAUUAAACUUGACUUUGCUCCUCUUUUUCUUAAUGGAGGGAAUUAUAUUUCUUGGGUGCUCGAUGCUGAAUUGCAUCUUGAAGCUAAAAAUCUUGGUCACACGAUCAGGAACGGAGAUAGCAUGGCAAGUGAACGUGCUUGUGCUGCAGCGGAUCUGCGCAGACACCUCUCCACAACUCACAAAGAUGAGUUUAUGGCAUGCCGGGAUCCCCAAGACUUUAAAUCUGUUUCAGACUACAAUUCUGCACUGUACAGAAUUACUGCACAAUUACAGUUGUGCCAUGACACGGUCACAGAAGAGUCUAAACUAGAGAAAAAUUUCAGUAUGUUCCAUUCGUCUCAGAUCGUACUUCAACAACAAUAUCGUGAACGACGUUUCACUCGAUAUUCAGAGUUGAUUGGUGUCCUUCUCCUAGCGGAACAAAAUAAUGAACUGAUGGUGAAAAAUCAUGAAUCUCGUCCUUGUGGUUCUGCUCCUGUGAUAGAAGUAAAUGAAACGUCUUACUCCGGACAUGGACGCGACUCUGGUAAACGUGGUUCUCGUGGAAAAAAGAAUAAACGUGGAGGUCGAAAGAACAAAAAUACCUGUGGUAAUCCGUAUAAAAAGGAACAUGAUACGGAUGUGAAACAAGCAAAAGGGAAGGAAUUAGCUGUCAAUCCUUCCAAGAAAACUGACAAAGAUCAGCAUUGCUUUCGCUGUGGUCGUAACAACCACUGGUAUAGAACUUGUCGAACUCCUGACUAUCUCUGUGAACUUUUCAUGAAGAAUGAAAAUAAGAAGGCAGCAAAAGCAGAGAUGAAUCGAGUUGAAGCUAGUGUUUCCAUGCACCAAAUCUCCAAAGCUAGAUGUUUCUAG